AUGAAGGUGUUAGAUCGUCUCCGGCGAAUUUUCACAGGUGGAUCCGAAUCGGCACAUGAGCGUUUGAGAGAAGAAAGUACAGCCUAUGGGGCGGCGCCCUCUGACGGGGCAAGCCAGCGAACGGUCUCCAAUGAUUAUACCGAAUUGCGAUCGGGCAAUGUUUUAUGUCCAAGCUGCAAAGGAACCGGCCUAAUCCCGAGAGAGCUCGAAGAGACCCUCGUCGCCCUGAUCCCUUUGAACGACGAUCGUUUGAAGCCAAAACGCACGGUCUGGUGGGUGCUUCUAGGGAUAGCAAUCGUGUUGGUGAUUGCUUUUAUCGUGGUCUUCAUGCUGAUACCAAGGGCGGUCGAUAUUAUGGCUAAUCAAUCUGCCAUCGACCUCGUUCAUGUCGUCGAGCAUUCGGCCAUGCCCGACCCAAAAGUCAAAUUCCAUUUCUUGAACUACGUCCACGUCGCUAAUCAUAACUAUUAUUCGGUUAGCGUGGUCAACACCAGCGCCCAAGUCAUUUGCAAAUUCCAGCCGUGGAACAGUGAAGAAAUUGGGCAAGGCAAGAACUUGACGACGUUCAACAUCGGCCCGCUGAGCACGGAUGGGAAUCGGCUGUAUUUCAACAACUCUGUUGAAAUUACGGGGGUGGCAGCGGAAUAUUGCCAGGCUCCAUUCUCCAAGCUGACUUCUCUGUACAUCAACAUGCAAUUCAAUGUCAUCGCUCUCUUUGAAUAUUUCAAUCAUCGCGAACAGGUGACAAUCUCGAUGACGCAGCAGGUCUGCUGCGUACCGAGCGGCAACUGUACAUCACGC